AUGAAAAAAUUUCACGAAGAAUUGAAGAAGAUUCUUAUGGAAGAUGAAAGAGCUCGUGCCCAUUUCAUUGAUGCAUUUCCAAUUUGGAUUACUACACGAAAUAAAUCUAUUAAAUCUUUGAAAAAGAUAAAUACUGAGUUGAAUGAGUCCAGACUGGGUGUAAAUAUCUCAAACAUCGUUGGUUCAUCUGUUGGUAUAGUAGGUGGCAGUAUGGCGAUUGUCGGACUGGUUUUAGCUCCUGUUACUGCUGGUCUCUCGUUAGGUUUAACUAUAGGUGGCGCUUCGUUAGGAGCUGCUGGCGGUUUAACUGCUGGUGGAGCAAAUGUUACAGAAUUAAUCAUCAAUAAAAAUAAAUGUCAAGAAAUCAAAGAAACUCUGGAUAAAGACAAAAAAGAAAGUGACGAACUUUUUAAAUAUAUGAAAACCCUGAAACGUUGUGACAAUAACCGCGAGAAACUUCUGAUAGAAGCAAAAGAGUUUAUAGAUAUUGUUGAGAAUGGAGUAAACACUGGUAAGUCACUUAUGGGACAGUUAGGAAAAGUAGUAGAAUUUUUACAGAACUUAGCCAAUCUUGAAGAAGUAACAUUGGAGAACGCUAAGAAAGUUUUUGAAAAAACAUUUAUGAAUUCACCAGCAAAUAGUACACGUGAAAGAAAUACUCUUUCUGACCGUGCUGGUGAUCUUAACUUACUUUCGAAUCUGAUCGUCCAAGGUUUCAGUCAAGGAGGGAAGUUUUCUAAGCUAGCACUUGCAGCUCCUACUUUACCUCGAGCUGUUCCUAUCGUACUUGGAGCUGUGGUUAUUGCUCUUGACGUGGUUAACCUGGUUCUUACAUCUGUGAAUAUCCAUAAUGGUAAUAGAAAUGAGCUUCAAAAUCGUAUAGGUGAAGUUAUCCAAGAAAUUACUGUUGAAAAAGAAGAGAUUGUAAAAGUCCAUGAACAUAUUACAGCUUGA